ACAUCUCGUGUAUUGCAAACAAUUUUCAGCUAUCGAAUCUUGCCAAGACAUGAUGUCUCAUCUUUUGGGAAUAUCAUCUCCUCCCUUCCCACCCCACAAUGUCGUCUGGAUAGUAUCACUUCACGACUUCACACAUUGCGCAUCACAGUGGCCAAGAUGCGCUCAAUAGCUUUUGUUCUAGUUGCUGCCACUUUGGCAAACGCAGCAGGUACACCAUGCGCAUCAAUCAAUGCUGCUAGUGCUUCAUGGGCAGCAAGCGGAGCAACUUCUACCCUCUACGUCAAACCUUCGAUUGCUCUUGCGUGCUUAGAGUCCGUUCCAUUGAGUUCAAAUCUUUCAAGCGCAUUCAUCGAUUAUAUCACCCCGCACAUGCAAUUUCAAAGCACAAUCUCCUAUUUGAAAGAUCCACCAAAAGGCUGGACCCUGUCCGGCGUCGACAUCUAUGGCGGUCUCGCGCAGAUUAAGAGCAACCUUCAAUCUGGAGCUUACGCGAAUCAAUGGAGCUUCGAAAAAGACCUAUGGACUCUAGUAAACAUUUUGCCACACGACUUCCAUUUCAAUUUACCUCUUCCUUUAUUGGAAGUCUUUGAGUUUAAGAGUCGGACACCGCUCGUGUCCAUAUCUUCGGAUGGAGUCAGCGUACCAGCUGUGUACUUUGAGUCUGACAUAGGACAAUACUUGAGCGAAACAAUAGAUUGGACACCGUCUCCAAUUACGCAAAUCGAAGGGCAAGAUGUAGUGGCUUUCCUUGAACAGAUGUCCGUGACGACAGAUCAAUUUCAAGACCCAGACGCCCUCUGGAAUCGUCUCUUUUACAACUCACCUGCAGCUCUUCGAGACACAUUUGGCCAGUAUUACGAAGGAGGAUGGAUGUUUGGUUUCGACAAUGACACGAUAUCCUAUACUUUUGAUAACGGAAGCACGGCCUCAUUCUAUACAUACGCGGCUAUUUCUCCAAGUGUAGACUUCACUUAUGUCACGGACGGACCGUCAUUGUUCGAAGUUGUCGAAGUUGCGCCAAAUGCUCCCCAGAAGAGGAAGCGUGAUCUGGAAAGCAUGAAAAAGAGAAGGAGGACGAAGUUCGCACGACAGUCGUCAACCUCGUCUGAGAUGCCUGGCUACCCCACCCCAUUUAUUGUGCAUCCUGAGGAUCCAUACACGGCAGGCUUCUUCCUCGACUCGGGCGUUGCGGUCUUGUCCAUGACCGCGUUCGAAGCCUUGAAUUCCAGCAGUACGACAGAUCAAGCCAACAUGCAGAAAACCAUCGCUGCAUUUCUUGCCGAAUGCAAGAAAGUCGGCAGCACGCAAUUGAUUGUUGACCUCAGCGCCAAUGGUGGAGGAGAAGUCUAUAGUGGUUAUGACGUAUUUAAGCAGCUAUUCCCAUCUAUCGUUCCGUAUGGAGGGUCAAGAAUGCGUACCAACCCUUGGGUUGACUAUAUCGGAGAUGUCUACUCCCUGGCAGGAAUCUACAACGAAACCUUCCAGCCGCCCUGGGAAAUCAAAGCUGGGUUGACGGACAAUCUGACUGCUUUCACAUCGUUCAAAGAUCUGGCGGGACCUAAUCGCAUCUAUGGAGACAAUUUCUUGACUACUACAAGAGCAAACUUGUCAGAUUUGCUAACUACAACGGGUUUCUCAGUAUACGGCUAUGGAGCUUUACCAGAUAUUCCUCCGGCUGUCUUCGAGCCUUCAAAUAUUGUCAUGUUGCUGGAUGGUGGUUGCGGUUCGACCUGUGCGAUUUUUGCAGAAUUCAUGAAGUCCCAAGGAGGAGUCAGAAGCGUCUCAGUCGGAGGUCGAUUACAGACAGGACCCAUGCAGGGUGUUGGUGGAUCUAAGGGUGCUCAAGAAGAACCUUACCUUGCCCUCGAACAAUACCGCGACGGCAUCGCAGCCGCUACCCCUGUUAUCAAAAGUCUUCCCACCAUUCCUGCAGCAGCGCAGAUCCCGCCUUCGGUCGACAGCGACACACCCCUAGGCUCAAAAGACGACUUACUCCUUCGAGCUCGAGUCAAUUUCCGCAACAACAUCCGAAGCGGUGAUACAUCUCAGACUCCUCUCCAGUUCGUCUACGAAGCCGCGAAUUGCAGGAUCUACUACGAAGCAGAAGAUCUGGAGGACAUGAGCAAUCUCUGGAACAGAGUCGCAAAUGUGACGUGGGGAGGAGCGACUUGUGUUAAUGGAAGCUCGUCUGGAAGUGGUGGAAAUUUGAUGGGGAGUGAUGCGAUGACUACUGUUGCCUAUGAUUCGAGUGUCAAUUCGAAAGCUGUGGUUCCAGCUAGUCCAGGUUUGGUGGCGAUGGGGAGUGGGCCCGGCACCGGGUCUGACAGCUCUGUGGCGACUUUCAAUACUGUGGCGAAAUCUUCUGGGGCGGUGAUGAAUGUCGUCGGUGGUAGUAUGGGACUGCUAGCAGUUGGGGCUGCGUUCUUGUUGUUGUAAUGGAGUGUGGACUAAACAGGGCGUGGAAACGAGUUUCUUUGAAUAGAAGGUAUUAAAUAUGUCUAUAUGUGCAUCAAUUCAAGCAGCCAGAAGCAUUUAAACUUCCC